CGCACACACACACACACACACACACACCCAGAGAAACAUGGAUGUAGACUAAACGGGCAAGCAAAAACUAAAAACUUACAGCUAGCUUACUAACUCCUAACAUUGAUCCGGCAGCAUUUUAACCGCGUACUAAAUUGUUAACAGUGGUUUAGAGUUUUCAAAUUGUGAUUUAGUGGUAAAUCUGCAAUAGUCAGGAACUAAACUUUUAACAAACUAAUGGCUAGCUAAUCAUAGUCGGGACAGCUGUACCGCUAUGUAAAGACCGAAGUGUAAUGUGACUGAUUAGCUAUAUAGCUUAGCCAACUUGAUAUUGAUAGCUAGCUAGAGAAGACAGCAAGCUAAGAGGAAAGAAAUGGCUCUCUUUCGGAAACAAUUUGGCGUACAGUUUUUAACGAAGAAAAAACUUACAAACUUAUUUAUAACUUUCUAAAAAAGCAAGCGUUUACUAAACGUAGGCAAGACUUACUUCGUUGAAAUGAAUGUAGUUAACAUAGCUUGCUUGUAAACUCUUUCUCUACCAAGUGAGAAAUUCACUUAAGACUAUUGCCAAGUGUGUUAGCUAAUGUUAGCUACCUAGCUAGCUAUGAUAAAUUGGAUUUUAUUAGACUAACAUCAUUGUGGUUUCGUAUAAACAUUUGCCGGACCGCUUCUUAACUAGACAGUUAAUGUUAGUAAGUUUGCGAUUAAGGUUAUUCUGUUGUUAUUGUUGUGAAAUCAUUUAGUGAACUUUUCAGUUAAGCUGGUGAAUACUCUUGUUUUAGAGCCACGUCGCUAUAAUGGGCGAGUCGACUCUUAAUUUCAGUUUACUGCACAGAACGUGCAGUUUAGUUGUGGUAUUGUGUAUUCUUCAUCUUUCGGUUACCUUAUUUUAUUAUUUAAGAACUUUAAAUAAUAAAGAACUUUCGUUCGUGCAAAACCAGCAAACGCAAAUAAAAAAUUCCACUGUAGCACCAGAAGUUAUUCCCAAGACUACUUUGAGCAGUGCUGUUAAAAAUGCCAGUGAUAUUCCAUUGAUUGUUACGGAGAAGGCCAAAGUAUUACCAGUAUUACCGAAAUGUCCGGAUCAAGGACCGACUCUUGUGGGUCCGCUGCGGGUGGAGUUUACCAGUCCGGUGUCGUUGGAGCUGGUGCGGGAUCAGAACCCGCGGGUCCAGAACGGAGGGCGUUUCAAACCUGACGACUGCGUGGCACAGCAGAAGGUGGCCAUGAUCAUCCCGUUCCGCCAUCGCGAGGAGCACCUGAAGUACUGGCUGCACUACCUGCACCCCAUCCUGCAGCGGCAGCAGCUGGACUACGGAGUCUACGUCAUCAACCAGUUUGGGGAGGACACGUUUAACCGGGCCAAGCUCUUGAACGUGGGCUACGCGGAGGCUCUGAAGGAGUACGACUACGAGUGCUUCGUCUUCAGCGAUGUGGACCUGAUCCCCAUGGACGACCGCAACAUCUACAAGUGCUACAGCCAGCCCCGGCACCUGUCUGUGUCCAUGGACAAGUUCGGCUUCAAGUUGCCCUACCUGCAGUACUUCGGGGGCGUGUCCUCCAUGUCCAAGCAGCAGUUCCUGAAGAUAAACGGCUUCCCCAACAACUACUGGGGCUGGGGCGGGGAGGAUGACGACAUCUUCAACAGACUGAGUGCCCGUGGCAUGUCCAUCUCACGGCCCAGCGGGGACUUGGGCAAGUGCAGAAUGAUCCGGCACAACCGAGACGCCAAGAACGAGGCCAAUCCACAGAGGUUUAACAGGAUCACUCACACCAGGCAGACCAUGGACCACGACGGCAUCAACACUCUGACGUACAAGGUGGUGAACGUGGAGAAGGACCAGCUGUUCACCAAGAUCACGGUGGACGUGGGGAAGCCAGACAGGUAGCCCGGGCCCAAGACCCCCGGCGACAUCGCCUCCUCCCGCAGGAGGCCCGGGCCCCAAGACCCCCGGCGACAUCGCCUCCUCCCGCAGGAGGCCCGGGCCCAAGAUUGCUUUAAAAAAAAAAACUUCAAAAAAAAAACUUUACAAAACAAACAAAAAAAAAAAAAAAGAUAUAUCUUUACACAUUUCUUUAAAAAAGAAAAAAAACAAAAAAACAACAAUGCCAAACCCUGACCUGCAGAGGCCCUCUGGGAUUGCACAGCCGACAGCGCAUUGUACUUUUAAUGUUGGGUAUAAUAAUGUUGUGAAAUAUGUAUUCCUGUGGGUGAAAUGGGCAGCGUGGGCCUCGUACCACGAGGACGCGUUAUCAAAAUGGAUGCGCAAAACAUUCGGAUAAGCCAGAGGGACUUAUCAUCAUCAUCAUCAUCAUUAUUAUUAUUAUUUUCCAAAUGUGAACGUAAUCAUUACGGUGUGUGUUCGCACCCUUUGCUGUUGCUGUAAAAUGUCCUUUUUAAAAGCCAUCAGUCUGAAAUAGAUCUGUGUUCAAACCGACACUGGGAGCCGGUGCAGUGGGAAACGCCCAGAGCUGCAGCGACCGCUUGCUGUUUGUUCUCUCUGCAGUCGCAGUCACUCACUGUCUGCUGGUGCAGUUAAGUUAUGAACGUGGAUUGUCCUUUUAUUUAAAGAGUCGC